UCCUCACAAAGUUCUCAAUAUAAUCUUCUCCUUUUCCAACAAAGUGGUAUCAGAGCUUAGGUUCUGAGAAUAAAUUAUUCCAUAGUUAUGGCGGUCAAUGGAGCGGCAUCCUUCCAAGUUCCACUUCUCAAAGGGAGUACCUAUGAUAAUUGCUUCAUCAAAAUGAUGGCUCUUCUUGGAGCACAUGAUGUUUGGGAGGUUGUUGAAAAAGGCUAUAAGGAAUCACAAGAUGAGGAUUCCUUAACUAAAGCACAAAGAGACACUUUGAAGGAUUCAAGAAAGAGAGACAAAAAGGCUCUCUUCCUCAUCUACCAAGCAUUGGAUGAAGAUGAGUUCGAGAAAAUUUCAAAUGCAACAUCCGCUAAGGAGGCAUGGGAGAAGCUUAAAACCUCUUGCCAAGGAGAAGACAAGGUAAAGAAGGUACGUCUCCAAAUUUAAGAGGCGAGUUUGAAUCCUUGCAUAUGAAAGAGUCAGAGUCUAUUUUUCUAGAGUUAUCUCUAUCUCAAAUCAAUUAAAAAGAAACAGUGAAAAGUUAGAAGAUGUGAGAAUUAUGGAGAAGAUACUCCGAUCAUUAGACCCCAAAUUCGAGCAUAUUGUUGAGAAAAUUGAAGAAACCAAAGAUUUAGAGACUAUGACAAUAGAGAAACUUCAAGGAUCUUUGCAAGCUUAUGAAGAGAAGCACAAGAAGAAGAAAGAUAUCACCGAGUAACUCUUCAAGAUGCAACUAAAAGAGAAAGAUGAAGGUCAAAGAAAUGAGAGGAUCCAACAAAGUCAAGGUAGAGGAUCCACUUAAAAGAAUUGUAAAUUUAUCAAUUGUGCUAUA